GAAAGUCUCUUUAUUAAUUUUCUUCUCCGUUUCUCACUCAUCGCUUACUGAAACCAGAAAAGAAAAACAGUUUUAGGGGUUUUUUUUUUUUGCGGAGGUUUCAAGGAAAACGAAGUUAAACAAUGGCGGAAGAGCACAAACACGAGGAAUCAAUCAUGGAGAAGAUAGCUGAGAAGAUCCACGAGGAAUCAAUCAUGGAGAAGAUAGCUGAGAAGAUCCAUGGUCACGGUGACUCUUCUUCUUCGUCUUCUUCCGAUUCAGAUGACGAUAAGAAAUCUUCGUCUCUCAAAACCAAGGUUUAUCGUCUCUUCGGUAGAGAACAGCCUGUUCACAAGGUUUUUGGUGGCGGAAAACCUGCCGACAUUUUCCUAUGGAGGAACAAGAAGGUAUCAGGAGGAGUGUUGGGUGCUGCAACUGUUUCCUGGAUCUUAUUCGAGUUGCUUGAAUACAAUCUUCUCACUCUUUUUGGCCACAUUUCAAUUCUUACUCUUGCUGUGUUGUUCUUGUGGUCUAGUGCUAGUACCUUUAUUCACAAGACAACUCCUCAUAUCCCUGAAGUUCACAUCCCCGAGGAAGUUGUUCUUCAGCUUGCUUCUGGACUAAGAAUUGAAAUCAACCGUGGAUUUACUGUUCUUAGGGACAUUGCAUCAGGAAGAGAUCUCAAGAAGUUUCUUUUGGUGAUUGCUGGUUUAUGGGUUUUGUCCAAAGUUGGCAGCUCCUGCAACUUCUUGACCUUAAUCUACAUCGCAACUGUACUUCUCUUCACGAUUCCCGUGCUUUACGAAAAGUAUGAUGAUAAAGUAGAUGACUUUGGUGAAAAGGCAAUGAGGGAGAUCAAGAAACAAUAUGUGGUGUUCGAUGAGAAGGUUUUAAGUAAGGUGAUGAGCAAAAUCCCUAAAGGAGCCUUUUACAAGAAGAAGGAUUAGAGAGUGUGUAAGUUUCUCGCAUCAGUAUGAUGAUCUGAGUCUUCCAGAUUGAUAAAAAAAAUCUCAGAAGCAUUGUUUUUUCUUUUACGUUGGUGGUUCUAGCAGCUGUUGGUUAUUAUACUACACUCAAAAUCUCUACAAUGUGGGUGGAUUUUUAUUCGGGAUAUAACCAAAUUUUAUAGCCAUAUUGAAUGAUUCUGUUUUGGAAUACCAUUUGUCACCAUGAAUCUUAUUAUGAUAAUCUUUGAAUAUUCUGAACU